AUGAUCAAGAUGGCCUCCUCCCACUUAUCCACGGUCAUGAGCUUAGCCAGUGAUGUCAAAUCUGGGUCUGCCAAAGAUCGUGAUAAGGCUGUGGAAGAACUCAUUACCUUGCUGAAUCCGCGCAACCGAACCGUCAAUCUAAAUGAUUUGGGUGACAAGAGCUACCACCAGAUUUUCGAGGGCCUCUUUAAUCUCGUCGUGCGUGAAAAACCUAUCUAUUAUGACAAGAGGAAGAAGGAAUCGGUCUGUAAAGCUGCCGGGACGAGGCUGACCAAAUGCGCCUCUGCUGUCAGAAUGACUGCCGCGAGAGGCACUCCGAAACUGGGCCAUAGGACAAUCAAGGCUUUCAUCGAUCACAUUACCCAGACUCUGCCCGGUCCAGCUGAUGACUUUGUCCCACCAUUGAUACAAGAUUACAUCAAAGCGUUUUCCGAAGUCCUUGCAAAGCCGGCCAACGUUGAAUAUCUUGCCCGGCAAGACGCAGCUCCUUGGGAGCUUUGCGUGGAUUUCCUACUUGAUGUGGCAGUCUACAUCCUGCCUUAUGAGUCUCAUUCUAGUCUACCAUCUAUUGCACGGGCUUCUCCAGCUCCGGGUACCUCAACCCCACGCUCGACGUUGCGGUCCAGCGGCUCUACUCAGACCCAUAAACGAGGAGGGCAGAAUGACGGAGACUCACUGAGGGACGUACUUGAAGCGCUGCAGUACCUCAUACAAGCAUCGAAUGCCCCGGUCACUCGACGAGCCAGGCUCAUCACGGACUUGGCUGUGCGAGUACUGAACAUGAAGCAUCUAAGCCUUGGCUCGCUGCAAACGAUGAGUUUUGCCAUUUGCAAUACUAUAUUUGCAAGGACACAAGCAGAUGAUGUUCAGUACGGCCUGUCCUUGGUGUAUGAUUUGAUUCCACUGAUGAGCCACUGGUGGCGAGCGGAAAGAGUUUCUCAAGACGAGCUCAUAAAGAGCCUACGGAAUGAAAUCUCAAAGACCUUAUUUCUGGCACAUCCUCACAUUGAGCACAUCUGUAGGGACGGGAACGAAGACACUAAAACCAAGAUUGAGAGUCUUGCGGAGCCUCUGUGGCAGGAAUACUCUAAGCGGAGUGAGCCAAACCGGCUACAGCUACAGGAUCUGACAUUCAAUCCUUCAUUGUUGCCCAAGGAGUCGAUGCAAAUUGGCUUGUUCGGUCUCCGCAAUCACAAUGUAGAUGGGGAAAGCCACUGGGCUGUCGUUCAAAACCUUUGCCUCCUGGAAAGUGCUCUCUUGCAGCAUGACGAGCGCGCAGCUAAAUCCAGUGUGGAUGCGACGGAGCAUCCUCGCAAGCGACAACGAACUCGAGAGCAUCUGAGCCGUCUUAGGUUGAAGCUGCAUUCGAAAGAUGUUGGAAUACAAAGAACGGCGCUUCAGUUGAUGGCAUUCCUCAUUGAUAGCUGCGGACUCUCUGAUGAAGACCUGCCCCUUUUCCUCGAAAUCCUGACCACUUGCGUGGGCGACAAAAGCCCCAUAACGGCGUCGUGGGCGCUUGUUGCAGCCGCAAGCUGUGUCGCAUUAUGCCAGGCAAGCAACGUUAGGGCAGAUCAGUGGAGGGUGGUGUGGCAUUUAGCCGUGCGAUCUGUCAGUAUUCCGGCAACCUGUCGGGCUGCGUGUCUGCUCCUGCAUCGCAUAGCCGAAGCCGACUUGCUGCCGUAUAAUUCAAUUUCGGAAGACAUCAACAGCAUCGUCACAACGGCAGAUGUGAACGGCCCGGGAAUGGUCUGCGAUACCUCACUUUUGCUGAUGUUCCAUCUGUUUCACGAUCGAAACACAAGACUGCCCAACGCCAGCCAAGCCACAUCAACCCACAUAGUUCGAUGGGUUUUCUUUAGAUGGAAUCCUGCUGAAUCAUUAUUUGCAUCUUCCGUGUCGCAACUCAGCCAUCCUAUGGAAAUUGUCAACCUUCUUUGCGUUUGCUGCGGCGUCGAGCCCAUCUUUUGGACUGGUAAAGCAGCCGGCUCGGGGACCGCUCUCGGAGAAGCUUGGAGAAUUAAAGAAGAAGGAGCGCAAUUCAACGAGUAUUUGCUACUCCUAAAUCGGGAGAGACAAGAACGACGACGCCGCCAGAGUAUGGAGCGCUACUGUUAUAAACAAGGCUCCGUCAGCCAACCUCUAACAGCAAGAGAUUCAAAUAGCUUCCAUCCUUUAAAAAAGCUGGUUUUCGAACUCUUCUCCCCAAAAAUCGAUGACUUGGCCGAGCUGUGUAAUGCCUGGACAAAGAAGCCCAAUGAAGGCGGAAGUCAAAUCUCCUUGGAGCGAUUCCACAGCCUCUUGUCCGCCUGCAUAGUCGGUUGUCUGCUCGUACCUCAGUUCGCUGAUCUUAAUUCUCCUAUAACAGACUCUCUAGAGUCUGUUAUAGUCAAUCUUGCGGAGAAAAGUCUGCGGGUUGCAAUGAACUCGAUUGAGCCAAUUGCCUUCGUUCAUGCUUCCCUGGGACUCUUGCGGCCCUGCAUGCCGGGUCUCAACACUGCCAAUCUGAGUCGCCUACAUUCGCAUCACUUCUCCCUCCUUCGCGUUUUCACGGUUGUUUCAACCGUACUGGAUCAGAAGGAGCCUGAGUCAGCUUUUGGAACGACCUCGGAUAACAUAGACGCUGACGAUGAAUUCAGCUCUCAAAGCAGUAGAGUGACUUCAUCAUCUAUCCUUCCGCAAGUUCCCAGGUCCAACAAUCAGCUUUCUACAAGCCCGAGAACUUUUUAUGUGGAAACCAAACGACGGCUUGCGCUCCUCCGUGCCAUUCAAGAGGACUCAAGCCAGAUCGGACUUCUUCCAGCGGUAUGGAUUACAGAAUUCUUGUCAAUGACGGAUGAUGACUUGCUGUACUGUCGGGCCCUCCUACUCGAGAUCACAUACUCAGACCUUGUUGUGGGUGCCGAGGACGCUUUGGAUAUCAUCCAACGACUCGGAGCCAUAAUAUCCGCGUCUGAUUACCAGUAUUGCGAGGUUGCACUUACAACAUGUCUAGAUGUUCUCAACGGCCUACACAGCACCUGGCUAAAUGACAGCCACGACCUCGGCGAAGCUGUCGGCGACUUGUACAAUUACUUCAUCAAAGUUUGUUUACCUUCUAACCUGUUCUCGGCUAGAGCCCGAAUAUCAAUGGCCCGCUUGCUCUUUACAUUACUGGGUGCUAAUCCGUCAUACGGCACGAACCUGGACUUGGAUUCCUGCCGAACAUCGUUAUUGAGUAUUCUCAGCAGCAGCGUCAUGCAAGUAAAAUGUUUUAUCGCCGAAAAGAUUGCUGAUGUCUUUGAACUAUUUGUACUCAUGCUUCACGAUGAGAUUUUUGUCGACGUUCUUGCCAGCUUGCCUACCAACCCUGAUGAUGCGUCUGGCAUAGCAUUCAGGCUCUGGACUUUAUCCAAAUUGGCUUGUAGGUGGCCUACUCUUCUUCGACGAUGCAUUUACCAUAUAUUUGAAGCACCAGGGAAAAUCGUCCAGGCAAUGGAAUAUGCGAAAUGGUGUCUCACUGAUAUUUCCAAGGCCCUUGACCUAAAAUCGGCAGUGGAGCUCUUCCAGCUGUUUUCACGCCAACUGCUGUAUACUUGGAUGGAGCAUGAUCCUAUUCAGGACAUGCCGUUUUCCAUAUUCGGCUUCAAGGAUCUUGGUGAGCUUCUGCAAACUGCUCAAGCAGAAGCAAGUGCUUUGGCAAUAAUGCGAGUCGAAAAGGCAGCCAGCGUAGCUCUAGCUAAUACGCUCGGAUUAUCGGAAAGCGAUUUGAUAAAGAAGAACUUCGCUACCGUCUUGUCAUACAGUAUGGCCUACGGGGAUGCGUUUGGAGACACGGGCAACGACAAAGGCGAGAACUAUAUCAAGAACGUUAUCGGACAUCAAGCAUACACUGAAUCCAUUCACAUCAAUUUCGUUGACAUUAUUGCGGCUUUGUUUGAUCUCAUUGACCAAGAAGACCAUGUUGAAAAGAUUUUACGCAAGUACGAAGCUAUCUCGUAUGCUGCAGACAACUUGGAGAGGAUCAAAAAGUUCUCACACUCAGCCAAUGAACUACCACCAAAUCAGCAGCCUAUGUUCCGAGCCAAAUACAUCAUACACGUCUUCUUCAGGCUUUGCCAACGCACAGAGUAUGAAUUUCAGGAUAUCUGGGCACCUGCCCUUGUACUUGCGGUUACCAGGCAGUUGUUCAAUACGGUCCAUCCAGCGCUGGGCCCGCUUCAUGCCUGCUCUGUCCUCCGCAAAGUUCGAUUGGUAGUUUGCUUGGCGGGCUCGGUCGUGCUGGAGUCUUAUUGUCUCGAGAUGCUUCUAAACUCCAUCAGAGGCUUCAUGGUUGACCCAGAAGGCGCAGACGAUGCCCUAGGGUUGAGCCAGUAUCUGUUGUCGGGGGGUUCUCAAUAUCUAUGCCAAAGACCUUCAUUUGUGGCAGGUUAUGCGUUAUCAACAUUGGCAUCGCUCAGAGUGUUCCUAGAAUCUAGUCAAUCCAGUACUACUCAGGAGAAGCAGUUCAAGGCCACCAUGAACAAAGCGCAGAAGUUCCAUGAUUGGUUCAGCGAAUACCUCUCUGGUUAUACUUCUAAAGUGUUUCGAAAUGAUGCUCAACUGGCAUUGUUCAAGUCCGUCACUCAUUCUGCAGCUCUUAUCACAUCAUCAGGUAAUGCGGAAAAAGGGACUUCUGAGAGUAAACUGCUGCUGGAUAUUUUGAAAGACGAUGCUGCAGAACAUCACCUUCUAAAUGAGUCUUCCCGUGCACUUGCUCUAAAACUUCUCUGUGGUGACUUCACCAUACCCGAGACAGUCGCAAGAGACAUCAUUGACACAGACGACGCCGCGGUGGACCAGGCACCUCGGGUAUGGAAGAGUUGUGAGGCACAUGAUCUGAGCAAGAACUACCUUUCCUGGGCAGGUCGUGUCAUCGGUCGAUCAUUUGCCGCGACAGGACAUAUACCGCAAGGGGUUCUCGAAGAGUCUGACCUCUGCUUGUUUGGUCGAAUUGCCCCAGGUCCCAAUGGCUCCGACAUGGGCUUGUUGUAUUUACUCCAGGAUCUCACAGCGGAUCAAAAUUCGGAAGUGGCUGGCCUGUCUGAAGCUGCGCUUCGAACGGCAGUAUCGCGAGCAAUUGCACAUGAGGAUGAGGCACUCACUGUUGCUUGUCAAAGGAGUCUGUCUGAAAGUCUAUUCACAGCCUCCCAAUGGGGUGGCCUUCGCUCCCCGCCCUCGGAAAUCAUUCACGAUUUGGCGAGGCUCGAUGAGCCGUCAGUCUGGGAAGCUGAUGUUUCUUCUUCAGAGUGGCUACGAAAAAUCAGCACGUAUCUGGUAUCGACUGCCUCGGAAUCAAUACUGCUGUCCAGUCUGCCGUCUAUUGUUGCUGGUGUGACAGGCUUUGCAGAGAGAGCCUUUCCGUUCCUCGUUCAUUCAGUUCUUUGUUUCCAGCUAGAGCAACACCAGACGGUGAAGAAGAAACUGUCCUUGUCGCUCAAGGAGUGGCUCCAGAACGAGUCUCCAAAGGCACUGACCAAUCUGAAAUUAUUGAUCAACACCAUCUUGUAUUUGCGGACGCAGGAGUAUCCUAGAGAGUCAUCAAUCGCUGAUCGACUGCAUUGGCUUGAUGUUGAGUAUACCCUGGCGGCCCGAGCUGCAUCUCGAUGCGGUAUGCAUAAAACUGGCCUCCUAUUUGCCGAGCUGGUGUCCUCAGACACCUCGAGGUCCUCGAGAAGUUCGUCAUUGCAUAAAGAACCAGAUUUGAACGUCACUUUGUUGACCAUUUUCGAAAACAUCGAUGACCCUGAUACAUACUAUGGCUUGCCGGAAGAUGCUAGCUUGUGCAAAGUGCUUGCACGUGUCGAAUAUGAAAACGAGGGCUCCAAGAGCUUAGCGUUUCGAGGCGCGCAAUACGAUAGCCACCUCCGACUGCGCCGCAAAGCGGCCGAAGCUGACGGGCUGGCGUUGGUCAAGGCGCUCGGUACUCUUGGACUAUCUGGACUGUCACACUCGGUGCUUCAAAGACAAGAAAGUGCGGGUACCAACACCUCCUCGAUAGAGAGCACGUUCAGUACUGCGCGGCGGUUGGAGAUGUGGAACCUACCCGCCCCGGGCUACAGCAGCCACCAUGCCGUGAUUCUGUAUCAGGUCUAUCAGAGCAUUCACAACUCAACAGAACUUUCAGCUGUCAGGGAAGCCAUUCAUAACGGUUACGGCAGAGUCAUGCAAGCAAUGGGUGGUUGUAGCUUGAAUGCAACGGCUGUUCGAAGUCGGCUCGCAGCGUUGGCAGCUCUGACGGAAUUGGACGACAUGUUCAACAUUUCCGAGCUAGCCGAGAUCGAGGGGUUGCUGGAAAAGUUUAGAGCACGCUCGGAAUGGAUGCGAAGUGGCAUAUACGGGAACGUUGGUCAAGUCCUAUCAUGCAGAGAAACAAGUGCGAGUAUGCUCUGCCAGCAUCAUGGUUUGCUGAGAAGCUCACAGCUCUCGACGGGUGCCUGGCGGCAAAUGCAGGUCGAGUCUAUGAUUUUAGCGUCUGGGAUCUAUCGCCAUCACCAAGCGACCCAAGAAUCGCUCAACAUUGCCACAACGCUCACCGAAAUGAUUCCUCUAUGUGAGGAUCUGAGUCUGCACGUGGAUGCUGCCAUCAAAAUUGAGGUUGCCAACUCGCUCUGGGACCACGGCGAAAUGGGCACCUCGAUUAGAAUGCUGCAAGCCAUUGAUAAAGACUCGUCGCUUGCGAAACAGAGCAUCCACGUUGGCCGGUCUGACUUGCUCUCUAAAAUCGGACACAAGGUGUCUCUCGCCCGUUUGGAGAAUCCGCACGACAUCCAGAAAACCUACCUCGGACCAGCUCUGAAGGCGUUGCGACGCGAGGGCAACAGCGAGGCAGGAUCGGUCUAUCAUCAGUUCGCCAUGUUUUGUGAUGAACAGCUCCAAGAUCCAGAUGGCCUGGAAGACCUGGCGAGACUGCAAAAUCUGAAAAAAGCCAAGAAUGACGAAGUGAAGGAUCUCAAAGCUCUUAUUGACACGACAAAGGAUACGCAACUCAAGACAAGGUAUUCACAUGUGCUUUCCAAGGAAACACAGUGGCUAGAGCUGGAUGAAAAGGAACUCAGGCGUGUCGAGCAGACUCGCAGCGAGUUUGUCCAACUCAGCCUGGAGAAUUACUUGCUAUCACUCAUGUCGUCGGACAAAUUCAACAACGACGCACUGCGCUUCACCGCCUUGUGGCUCGAACGGUCUGCGGAAGACUCAACAAACAAGUCGGUCAUGAAGCACAUCUCACUUGUUCCGACGAGGAAGUUUGCGACGCUCAUGAACCAGCUCACGUCUCGGCUUCAAAGUCAGGAAACCACUUUUCAAAAGGUGCUCUUUGAGCUGAUUUGCAACAUUUGCGUCGAUCACCCAUACCACGGAAUGUACCAGAUCUGGUCAGGCACCAAGGCGAAGGCUCAGCAAAAGGACGACGUAGCCGUUCAACGAAUCAAGGCCACGGAGAAGGUUGCGCAAAGGCUUGCCGCGACCAAAUCCGUGGCCGAUAUCUGGGUGGCCAUUGACAAGACAAGCAAGUACUAUCACGGGCUCGCCAUGGACAGGAACCCUAACAAGUACAAGUCCGGGGCCAAGAUGCCGUUGAAGGGUUCGACUGCAGGCCAGUACCUUGUCAGCUGCCUCGCAAGAUACCGCAUCCCACCGCCAACGUUACACAUGGAGAUUUCCGCGACCAAGGACUACUCCAACGUGCCCAUAAUAUCCAAACUAGAACCCAACAUGACGAUUGCGUCGGGCGUCAGCGCCCCCAAGAUAAUAACAGCGGUCGGCAGUAACGGUGAAAGAUACAAGCAGCUGGUCAAGGGUGGGCAUGAUGAUUUGCGGCAAGACGCCAUCAUGGAGCAGGUCUUUGCCGCCGUAUCAUCCCUACUGAAACUACAUAGGAGCACUCAGCAACGGAGCCUUGGCAUCAGAACCUACAAAGUCCUGCCGCUGACGGCGUCGUCUGGUUUGAUCGAGUUCGUGCCCAACACAACCCCGCUGCACGAAUUCUUGAUGCCUGCACACGAGAGGUAUUACCCUCGGGACCUCAAGGGCUCCCAGUGUCGCAAGGAAAUCUUCAGCGUGCAAAACAGAACGGCAGAGACUCGGCUGAGCACAUAUCGCAAGGUCACGGAUCGGUUCCAUCCGGUGAUGAGGUAUUUUUUCAUGGAACACUUCAUGGACCCCGACGAGUGGUUUACUCGGCGGCUGGCGUACACGAGAAGUACGGCAGCGAUAUCGAUGCUCGGACACGUCCUCGGUCUUGGAGACCGCCAUGGGCACAACAUCCUGCUAGACACCAAGACUGGCGAAGCGGUGCAUAUUGAUCUGGGGGUAGCUUUCGAGGCCGGCCGAAUUCUUCCUGUGCCAGAACUGGUGCCGUUCCGAUUGACGCGAGACAUUGUGGAUGGCAUGGGAAUUACGAAGACGGAGGGCGUCUUUCGUCGCUGCUGCGAGUUCACCCUCGACGCGUUGCGCGAGGAGCAAUACUCGAUCAUGACGAUCCUGGAUGUUCUGCGAUAUGAUCCAUUGUACACGUGGUCAAUAUCUCCGCUUCGCCUGGCCAAGCUACAAAAGGCACGGGACGACGACGAGGGAGACGAAGGGCCAGAGCCCAGCGAAACCGCAGAACCAAAGAAGGGGAAAAGGGGUGCCAGUCGAACAAAUGAGCCUUCGGAGGCGGACCGAGCACUGGAAGUGGUGCGCAAGAAGUUGUCAAAGACGCUGAGCGUGACUGCCACGGUCAAUGACCUCAUCAAUGUGGCCACGGAUGAACGAAAUCUAUCUGUAUUGUACUCUGGAUGGGCUGCGUAUGCAUGA